AUGGCCUUCUUGCCCCGCAACUUCUACAAUCCCGACGCGUCCUUCACCCCCCUCUUCCGGCUCCUCGACGAGUUCGACACCUACUCGCGCCCCGUCAACGGAAACGGACAUCAUCGGCGCUCGGCGCUGCCUGUCUGGCAGCCCAAGUUCGACGUCCGAGAGACCGGUCAACGCUAUGAGCUCCACGGCGAGCUCCCGGGCAUGAGCAAGGACCAGGUCCGGAUCGAGUUCACCGAGCCGCAGACGAUGGUCGUGCGCGGCCGCGUCGAGCGGGCCUACACUACCGGCACCGCACCUACUGGAUUGCUGGAGGACGCAGCGCAAAGCAAGGCCAUCACGGAGGGCGGAAACGAGCGGACCAGCCAGUCGCAUCAAGCCAGUGUGGAAGACGAGGGCGCCGACGCCGCCACGAGCUCCGGCGCCGAGGUCGUCGACAAGAAGACGGAUGUAGCCGCCAAAGAGCCCGCUGACACGGCCAAGUACUGGCUUUCCGAGCGUAGCGUGGGAGAAUUCUCCCGCACGUUCAACUUCCCCGGCAGCAUUGACCAGGACGCCGUCAGCGCGAGCUUCAAGGACGGCAUCCUGAGUAUUGCCGUACCCAAGGCGAAGAGGCACGGGUCGCGCCGCAUCACCAUCAAGUAA